AUGGAAACUUGGAAACUAUUCUCCUUCAAGCUUAACGACAUAAACACAAGUGAUGUCACCAUUCGUCUAAGAAACACCAAAGGAAGACCCGAAGUGUUCCAUUUGCAUUCAUCAAUCCUCAAAGAUAAAAGCAAAUAUUUUGCAGAUACACUUUCUGAUCCAAAUUGUGGUGAUUCUAUCGAUAUAUACUGCUUAGAUUCCAACUAUGAACACCAUGUUGACCUCUUGAAACGCCUCUAUCUUCCCAAAGAUUCUCUGUUAGAAUCUUGGAAUUCUUUCCACUCUGCUCUUGGUGUUCUUGAAUUAGCGACAGAAUUCAACUGUCACGAAAUCAUCGAAAGCUGUGUUCAGUAUUUAGAAGCUGUCCCAUGGGAAGAUAAAGAAGAAGAAUUAAUCUUGAAAGUGGUUCCUAAACUGGGUCCAUUAGCAAUGCCUAUUUUAGCUAGGGUUGACCCUGUUGACUUUUCCUCUACAAAAAACGUUUUCCUUUCUGCUAUCCGUUUUGCCACCUCAAUUGUUUCUCCAUCAGCUCCAUUUGGCGAUGAGUUGAAAACUUCAGCUCAAGAACAAUUGGAGUACAUGUUAGGUGAUGAUGAUGAAGAGAUCCCUUUAGUCAUAGCAGAUGAAGAAGUCAAAUCAGAGUCAAAGAAAGGACUCAUGAACAUUUCUUCUUCAUUUGAAAAAGAGUUGUCUUGUUUACUUUCAGAUACCGAAUAUGAAGUUGCAGAGAAGAAAGUAAUGCAGUUGCUUUCGGAUCUUGGAUGGAUUUGCAACAUUCUUUCCAAAAUGGAGCUCAUGAAAGAGUUUGUUGACCAAUGGAUUGACCUUUCAGAUAGAGUGAUUGGGAUUAUGGAUGACAAGAUUUUGAAAAAUGGAAUGUGGGAUUUGAAAUUGAAGAUUAUAGAGUUAACAGGGAAGGUUUUGGAUGCGGUUGGAUAUGGGAAUGUGAUCAUGCCAGCUGUACGUAGAGUGGAGUUGGUGAAAACAUGGCUUCCAUAUAUCAGAAAAAUGAAACCAGUUCUUGAUUCUAUUGGAGAUAAUGAGAGUGGAUUUGUUUACAAAAUGGAUGAUGAUUUGUGUCAAAGUAUUGAAGGGGCAAUUGUGGCAUUGUUAUCAGCACUUCCAUCGAAUGAUCAGGCGGAUAUUUUAGCAGACUGGAUGAGUGGGGAGAAAGAGCAAGUGAAGUAUCCUGAUUUGAGUGAAGCUUUUGAAAUUUGGUGUUAUAGGACUAAAUCUGCCAAAAGAAGAUUGUUGGAGGGGUUGGAUAGAGUUGGUAAAAGUAAAACUACUGUGAGCUUGUGA